UAAUAUUUCCUUUUAUUAUUUUGAGACAUGGCUUUAAUUGAUGAUUUUUCAAUUACUCUAAAUUAUAAUUGUUCAAUUGUUUUCACUUUUUUGGACACAAUUUUAAGCAGUAUAUGCCGUCAUCAUAAUGGGGCAAAAUCUCCGGACAAUGCUAAUUUUGGUCCUAUUGUUCAGCCCAAAGCGUAACACACUGCUCAUACUGCUUAUAUAAAAGUACCUACCUCCCCACCUUAAAAAUUCCCAAAAAUUUUGUUACAUAAUUUGAAAAAAAAAACCAUGUCAAAUGAAAGAGUAAGAAGAAGGGUAAACGAAAAGGUGAAAGAAAAAUUGAAAGAAAUAGAGACUCAACCCGAAAUUAGGGACCCAAACGAGCCUCCUGUUCCUAUUCUUACACGAAAAGAAUAUGGUGAUGGAUACGGAAAAGUGGGAAGACAUGUUGAAGUGAAAGUCAAUAGCUUUGAGGUGACAAAUAUCUCCAAAUACAACAAAUUUUUCAAGUAUAAUAUUGAGAUCAACCCUAUUGAUAAGGACAUUGAAGUUGACGUCAAGAGGGAAAGGUCAGACUAUGGCAAAAGUAUUCGACGCAGAGUUCUUAAAGAACUUAGUUUAGAAAUGGAGGAUUGGUUUCAUAAAGUAGUUUACGCAUAUGAUGGUGGCUCUACCCUCUACACAACGAGUUAUCUGGGAUUUGAUAAAGUGAAAGAUGUAAAGGCAGUCGUAAAGGAAGAAAUUAGUAUUGCAAAUUUACAAAAUCUUGAUGGAGAACCCACUCGAUAUAAAGUAAUCAUUAACCGUUUAGACACUAUCAUCGAGCUAACUCAAAUAAAUAAGUACAUUAAUGGAGAAGAAUUUGAGUGGGAAUUUUUUAGCGACGAAGCUUUUAACGUUCUCAACUCUCUGAUCCAUAAAGUGGGGAUGGAAAAUGAAAAAUAUAUUCAAUCCGGCAAUAGUUCAAUCUAUAACAAAGAAAAUAAGAAAAAUAUUAAUGGUGGUGUUGAAUUGUGUCUCGGAUGGUUCUCAACCGUAAGGCCAGGCCAGGGAAGCUUGUUCAUAAAUGUGAAUCCAACAUACACCACUUUCUAUCAACCAUUAAAUUUGGAAGAAUUUCUUUUCCAAUGUUUUUUUCCAAAGUAUCAAAACAUUCCUAAUGAAAUUAAUGCUUUUCAACUGAAGAAAAUUAACGAAAUACUCAAAGGACUACUUGUUAAACCUCUACACCUGGAACCUAUCCAAACUGGGAGACGUAUUAGAAGGCUUCUAGCUGCUACCAAAGUAAAUCGUUUUAGAUAUAAGCCAAGAGCAGAUUCGGAAGAAACAUUUCCACUUGAAAGAUAUUUUAGGGAAAGAUAUAAACUUAAGGCUUCAUCAAGACUUUUUGUUGAAUUAAUGACUGACGAUGACACAAGUAUUGCAUGGCCAGUCGAAUUCUGUAAAAUUAUUGAAGGACAACGUUAUAGCAAUAAGAAGUUGUCUGGAAAACAAAGAGGAGAAAUAAUUUUGCUUGCAAAGUUUAAACCUUCCAUAAAUGAACAAGAAACGAUCAGAGGAGCUAAAGAAAUAUUACAAUUACAGAAUGAUCCUACUGGCGUUGGAAUGAAAGUUGAUCCAAAUUUGGCCAAAGUGGAUGCACGUGUAAUUAAAUCUACGGAUGUUAAAUAUGCAGGAAAAAUCAUGAAACCUAACAAUGGACAAUGGAAUCUCAAAGAUGUCAAGUUUGUCGAAAGUGGGGAACGCCUCGAAUUUUGGCAUGUAGUGAUUUUUGAACAAAGUAAAUGGAUGCCCAAAGGAGAAGUUAUUAAUUUUAUCGAAAAUCUCGCAAGACAAUGUGAAUCACAAGGGAUGAGUAUAGCAAGAAAUAGGCCGGAAAUUCAAUAUCUCCAAUACUAUAAUAAGGGACCUAAUGUCGUGAAACAAGCUUAUGAAGAUGCAAGAGAUAUACUUAGAAGGCCACCUCAAUUGAUAAUCUUCAUUAUUCCCGGUGAAAAGUCACCAAUCAAUACCGAACUUUACGAAACCAUCAAACGAGUUAUGGAUACUGAAAUAGGUUGUCUUUCUCAAUGUGUAAGCGUAGAUUCUAGGAAAAAUUUUCGCAGUCCUCAAUAUUGUGCCAACCUUGCUAUGAAAAUCAAUCUUAAACUUGGAGGAGUAAACUCUAUUUUACCAGAAGAUAAAUUACGACUUCCUAGUGGAGAAGAAGUACUCUUUCUUGGUGCUGAUGUAACUCAUCCAAAAGAUAAGAAUGGUAAAUCCAUCUGUGCAGUUGUUGGAUCACUUGAUAAUCAAGCCGGUCGGUUCAUUACAAAAUAUCAGGAUCAAGAGCGUUCCGGAAAGGAAGAAAUUCUUGAAAUUGAUAAAUUGAUUAAAGAAAUCUUGAGGGAAUAUUGCGAUUAUCAGAAGAGAAGAAGUAGAGUCAAGAAUAACGAAGUAAUAACACUCCCACCAUGCAUUAUUAUGUAUCGUGAUGGUGUUAGCGAAUCCCAAUUUGAACGAGUUCUCAGGUGGGAACUUCCAAAGAUUAGAGAAGCAUGUAGAUUGUUCCGGCAAGGUUAUGAACCAAAGAUCAUUUUUUCAGUCGUCGGUAAACGGCAUCAUACGAGAAUUUUCCCAGUAGAUCCCAAAAAUAGGAUGGAAGCAGAUAAGAAUGGAAAUUGUCUUGUUGGAACAAUUGUUGACAAAAAAAUCACACAUCCUACACUUAAUGAUUUUUACCUCCAAUCACACUUUGCAAAUCAAGGAACAGCGCGACCAUCUCAUUAUACUAUUCUUCAUGAUGAUAUAAAAUUAACAAUAGAUGAAUUUCAAGGUCUAAGUAAUACAUUAUGUUAUAACUUUCAACGGUCCACAUCCAGUGUCAGUAUUCCAGCACCUACAUAUUACGCUCAUUUAACUUGUGCCCGGGCGAAAAUGUAUUUGACAACACAUAGGGGGAAUAUAUAUUUACCAAACGUGCACAGAAAUCUCAAAAAUUAUCCAAUGUAUUUUAUGUGAAACAAAAAAAAAAUUUGGAAAAAUAAUUUGUGAAGAAAUGAUGAUAAAAAAAAAAAAAAAGUGAAUAAAAAAAAAA